AUGAUCGCAACAAUUGUAGGCGACGUCAUCAAUAUUGACGUGAAGAUUGUGACGUCAUCACGUUUUUUCUGCCCGAGUGUCAGUUCGAAAGCAGCCGCACGCCACUGCAGUGUCAGUGCGAACUACUGCGGUGUGGUUCCAAUGGCGGCCGAGGACCUGGGCGAUGUGUACCCCCGGGACCCGAAGAAAUUGAAUGCGUAUACCUUGGUAGAAUUUGAUGAUGUGAUCGGCGAGCCGCCCAGUCUACUCUCCCUGGACGGGGUUUGGGAAAAGUCGUCCCGCUCCUUCAACUUCACCAAGGACUUGUGCUACCUUAUCCUCACCACCCUGUUCGGUAUCCCUAUCGCCGUACUGUGUGGUUUGAAGUUCGCCAGUCUCAGCUUUGGCAGCAUCUGGUGCGUGACUCCAUGUGUGAAGGCGUUCCACAUAUCUCUGGAGUCGAUCCGCGGGGUCUACUCGGCUCUCGUCAAGUGUGUUUGCGACCCUUUCUGUGAAUCCUUUGGCCAUCUCUUCCGCAACAUCCGCGUGAGGAAGGCUGAUGUGUAGACUGGUGGUGGUGGUGGUGGUAUUGUCGGGGAUAUAUAUAUGAAAAUCUCUUAAGCUCAACAUCGGCGCCUGCAUGCUAGAAUGUUGUUGGUAAAAGUGUGUGAUUUAGUAUGUAAAAAGACUACAGAACCAUGUCGUGAUGUAUUAUGAUGAUAAUAUAGUAUGUGUAUUAAAAUAUAUAGAAUCGAAAA